AUGGCACUGCUCGGCGACGACGGAAGAGGCUUCGAUCUGGCGAGGAAACUGGAAGUUUCCGGCGUGUGGCGGACAUGGCUCGGCGAUUCAAUUUACUCUUCAUUUCACCAUUAUCUUUCUUCUCCUUCUUCAUGGGAAGAUUUUAUGCGAGUUGACGAAUCCAAGUCUAAGGCUCAGAUUCAACUCCAGCUUCGCGUUCGUGCCCUUCUAUUCGACAAAGCCACCGUCUCUCUCUUCCUCCGAUCCAACACAACCGCCGCUUCAUCAUCGUCUUCUGUUUCCGCUUCCGAUGUUACUUCCGUCGCUGUGUCGAAGCUCAAUCCUAAUUAUUUACAAUUGCACGGAGAUGAUGUGUACUACACUUUGGAGAACGCUUCUCACGAAGGUGGGUUUCAACGAGACGGAGGGAUUCGCCACAAUCCGAGUCUACCCAAGAGCCUAUCAAAGCCAAGUUUUACCUCUGGGGGGAGAGGUAGUGAGUCUGAUUUCAGUAAUCUUGCUCAAAGGUCUAGGUUUGAGGAGUUACCCGAUACUUGGUACACUCAGUUUAUCUCAAGGUAUGGUUUUAAAUAUGGUAUGCCGGUUGGAGGACAAGAAUCUGACAAACGCACACCUGAAGGGAUGUCUACUUACCUCAGAGUCGUGGAUACUCAUAAGAGAAAGCGUGCACCUUUUGUAGAAGAUCGAAGUACGGGAACUUUAGCUAGUAUGAGUAGAUCUAAUAGCUCUGGCUUCGAUGGAAGUAGUUCAGAAGAUGAUAUACUUCUUGUUCCCGAGACAAUGUUUAGAAUGAACAGUGUACCAGAGACUGCCCUUUCGCCGAUUACCAGAACACAAGACAACUUGAAAACAGAGUUCUAUGGGGUACUUGAUACUUUACCGCAAGUUACUACCAGGAGUCAUGUUAUGAUCGAGAGGCUUGGGAUGAUGCCUGAGUACCUAAGGAUGGAAGACAGAGGAGGGUUGCGCCGUAAAAAGGCAGAAAAAAUGGGUUUUAGUGAUGAUCAAGCGGCUCAGGUGUCACGAAAAGUUGUUGCACGCAUGCUUCUGACACUGGGAUUUGAAGGUGCAACGGAGGUUCCGAUUGAUGUCUUCUCUCAGUUGGUUAGCCGGCAUAUCUGUAAAUUAGGCCGUAUUUUGAAGCUUCUUACUGACAGUUACAAAAAGGAGUGUUCAGCGAUGCAGUUGAUUAAGAUGUUCCUUAAUACUACUGGAUAUAGUAAUCUUGGGAGUUUAGCAGAGCUUGUUAAGGAUGGUACUAGGAACCAUCUUCCUCCAAAUCAAAAACAACCACAAGUGCUUCAACAGCAGUUACAUCUGCAGCAACAACAAGCUCCACUCCGGUUACCGCAGCAGGGGUCAUUUAAAUAG